AUGGCCCACGAGAAUGGCAUACCCCCAAAGACAGAUGCUACUCACCUCGAAGUAUCCGAUAGAGGGCAACAGGGCAUCCACAAGGAUGUGUUUCAGCAGUCGCACGACCAAAAGGCUCACCGCAGACUUCGGCACAAGAUCGAUCUUCAUAUGAUCCCUCUUGGCAAGAUUCUCAACGUCGAGACCGGAGAUUCUCUCCUUGAAAAGUUGAAAAUGAGUGCAUAUCAGUACUCCAACUCCAUUGUCAUUACGCUAUUCGUCAUCAUGUAUAGCGCUUUGGACGUUCCCUCCAACUGGGUUUUGAAGCGCUCUGCUCGCCCGUCCUACUGGUUAGGGUUUCUCUGCUUCGACUGGGGCGCCCUGACUCUAGGAUUUCUUUUUUUGAACUCCUUUGGCGGCGCCGCGGCGCUACGCAUCUUCAUCAGCGCAUUUGAAGCAGGUUUCUACCCAGGUAUCGUCUACAUCAUCACUUUCUGGUAUCGACAGCAACAAAGAUCAUUGCGAAUUGCUCUAGUGUCCGCGUCAUCUUCGCUAGCAGAGGCAUUCGGAGGCUGUAUAGCUCACGGCGUCGGCUCCCUCAACCAAAGAGGGGGCUCGAGGGUUGGCGUUGGCUCUUUGUCAUUGAGGGCUUCCUAA